AAUUUGCAAAAUGGUGCAAAAAUAGGUUAAAUGACGGGGAUAAAAAGUGCUAUAAAUGGUUGUUCUUACUGGUAUUCUUCACCAUUCAGCAUUGGGAGUAUGUUGGGGUUUUGUCCAAGGACACAUCAUCAUGUGGUUGUAGGAGCUGAGGAUCAAAUCCAGAACUUUCUGGUUGUAAGUUGAAUAAGAUCCUAUUGAUCCACAGUCAUGGCAGUCCAUUUUAUUCAGCACUGUUAAGCAGUGCACCAUGGACAACAUGGCAGGCCACUGGCAGGUCUGUGUGCAGCUGAUUUGUUUUUUUAGGGUUGUAAAAUCAGCAGCACUACAGUAGUUUUGAAUGCCAAUGAUGUUCAUCAGUCAUGGUAUUUGAUUUAUAAGAUAUAUUCACUCACUUUAAUAGUAUUACCUUACCUUACGUUACAUGGCUUUUUUUUUUCUUUCCUUUUUUCUUUAGUAGCUGAGGACGCACACUUCAAUUUGUCAGCAGGUUGAGAGUGGACUGACAAUAACCCUAACCCUUCUACUGCUACUUCUAAUAAGUUUGCAUCUGUCUUCAAAUGUUUAUUAAUAAGGUCUUUGGUUGAUUUUUCUACUUUUCUCCAUUUUAAAGUUAUUGUCCUCCAGUUAUGGCUCCUCUGUGGCAUCUCAGCUACCUCUUUGCCAAAUGUGGCGCUUCUUGGAACAGCAUCUCAGUCAUCAACGCAUAGUGUCGCCGUGGCUUCAGCUGCAAUCGACGGGAAUCGAAACCCGUACCAUUUUGCUGGAUCCUGCUCACAUACAGGUUUUCAACCAAAACCCUGGUGGAGUUUGCUCCUGCCGGCGGUGUACCGGAUCACAGAAAUUAAGAUCACCAACAGGAAUGCAGAAGCACAGAGGAUCAAUAAUGCUGAGAUUCUUAUUGGAAAUUUCAUCGAGAAUAAUGGCAACGACAACCCAAGAUGUACCAUCAUCUCUUCCAUCCCAGCUGGACAUACCCAAACCUUCAACUGUGAGGGAAUGAUCGGUCGAGUGAUCAACGUAAAGCUGGAAAACACAGACCCAGGAAGUGUGUUGUCAAUCUGUGAGCUGGAAGCUUAUGGAGAAAUAGCUGCUCCCUCGCCGUCAUUCAGCGCUGUGGUGAUGGGCAGAAGUGUAGCAGUGGUGGAGAAGAAGCUGUGCUGGUCUGACGCCCUGUUUUACUGCAGAGACUACUACUGGGACCUGCUGAGCAUUCGCAGUGAGGCUGAGCAGAGGGAGGUGGAAAAUGCGUUGAAAAAUGUCACUUUCCCGCUCACCAGAGAGCUUUGGUUGGGUCUGCGAAGGUAUCUGAUGGCUGACACUUGGUUUUGGAUGACUGGUGCGUUAGAGAACUUCACCUACUGGGAGAAAAUGUCUUCCUGGAAAGUCACCAGUCCAUGUGGUGCCAUGGACACCAGAGACCCCUUCCACUGGAGGGAUGUCCCAUGUUGCGAGCAUCUCCAUUUCAUCUGUUUGAAAGACAUUCAGAAAGACAGGAAAAAAGUGGAGUUCUUCAGCACCCGCAGACCAUAAACAGAGAGAAGCCCAGGUCCCCUACUAUUGUCCCCCAUAAUGACUUAAAGCCCCUGUAAAGAUUUCCUGGUUUGUUGAUUUAUGCAUCCCCUUGUGGACAAAGCGGUACCUCUAAGCUCUGUGAUUAUACUUCUUAAGAAAAAUGGUUAACAUGUAAAACUUUUUAAGCUGGUUUAAAUCAUCCUGUCAAAAGAAGGAGAGUGCUUGCUCACAUCAAACAAUUUAAAACAGCAAUUACUUUUUUACAAGAAACACACAUUCAAGGAUCUGAUAGUUCCUGUGUUAUGUCCCGGUGGGCGGGGCAGCACUUCCAUUCCACUUUCCAGGCCAAGGCCAGAGGGGUAUCAAUCCUUACUGACCAGAAUGUUCCCUUUAAACACCACAAUGUAAUUUCAGACACAAACGGUCGGUAUGUCACUGUGUCAGGAAAACUAUAUAACACAAAGAUAAUGCUUGUGUGAUAUAUUACAAGAUGACACAUUGUACUUUUAGAUAGAGUUAAUAUUUUUUUCUGCUAAGAUUAGAGUUUCAAGUGAGUGGUUCUUUUGUAUACAGUGAUGAUGACAGCUAAGGUUAACGUUAGUGAGACCACUCUUUGUUACACACUGAGGAGGCCACACUGGACUGGGAAGUGGCGUGAUUCACAGGACUCCUCCUUGUCAGGAAGUGGAGGAGGAUCCUCCCCUGAAGAUAAAAAGACACGCUUAUCGGGGGUCAGGAGCUCUCUGCUCGGAGAGCUCACUGGGACACACAGAUGGGUCAUAUUUGUGACAUUUUAUAAACUUUAUAUUUAAUCCUUAAUAAAACUUUGGGUCAAUGACCAUUUAAGCCGAACUAAUGCUCUCUUUGUCCUGCCAAUCAAAGAACAGCGCAAAUUCUAACACUUGCAAAUGUUUACGCUCCAAACGUAGAUGACGCUGGUUUCUUCAAUCAUUUUUUUCUCAUCCUUACCUGAUCUUAAUACACUCUCUUAUUUUAGGGGGGGAUUUCAACUGUUGGUUGGACCCUGUGCUGGAUAGGUCUUCCUCUAACCCCUGUAGUCUGACAGAUCAGUCGCUCUUAUUAACUCUUUUCUAUUUGAUUAUGCAAUAUCAGACGUUUGGCGCUAUCCCCACCCAAAUGGGAGAGACUAUUCAUUUCUUUCAAAUACCACAUAUUCUCAAGAAUUGAUUAUUUUCUGAUUGAUAAUCAACUUCUACCACAUGUUCAAACCUGUGAGUAUCAGAGCAUUAUUAUUUCCAACCAUGCCCCCGUCGUUUUGUUCCUGGACCUCCCUGGCCUUCCAAAAAUGAAUCGAAGCUAGUGUUUUAAUUCAACAUUACUGUCAGAUAAUGAUUUUAUUAAAUUUAUGGAGGAGCAGAUAUCUUUUUUCUUUCCUCCAUCAUCUUUCUAUGAAGCACGUAUUACUCUCAUUGCAACAAAAAGACAAGGAUCCAACAGAGUGAUCUUCAUACAGACCUGUCUCUCUGUUAAAUACGGAUUUCAAAAUUUUGUCCCAAGUUCUGGCUUGUAGACUUGAAAAGAUUCUUCCAUCAAUUAUAUCUGAAGAUCAAACCGGAUUUGUUAAAAAUCGUCAGCCCUAUUUACAUUUAAGCCGUCUGUGUAAUAUUUUAAACUCCCCCUGCGAUGACAAUGUACCCAGUGGAGUGGAGUGGGCAUACUUGUUUAGAAUUUUGGGAAAAUUUGGUUUUGGAUCAUGCUUUAUUAACUGGAUACAACUACUGUAUUUUAAUCCUACUUUCUCUGUCCUAACAAAUUCUCAAAAGUCACAACCAUUGGAUCUCCAACAAGGAACCCGGCAAGGGUGUCCCCUGAGCCCACUCCUUUUUGAUCUAGCCUUAGAGCCUCUAGCUAUAGCUCUGCGUAGUUGUCCAGAUAUUUCUGAUACCCAGAGGAAUGGAGUGGAACACAAAGUGUCCCUUUACGCGGAUGACAUUUUGGUCUUUAUUUCACAGCCGAUUUCUUCUUUAGUUAUUUACAAGUCAAACAUUUCAUUCACUCCAGGUGACAAAACUUUCCUAUUGCGCCUGACAUUUACAUUGUGGACGAGGUUCUUGACCUACAUCCAGCACACAAGAGUCUAAUUUCAAUAGUGUAUAAUAAGUUGACUGGUAUAAGAAAUGCUCCCCUGGACAGAAUUAAAGCAGCUUGGGAACAGGACCUAAAUCUGCAGUUAUCUGAUAUGGUGUGGGAAUCUAUACAAAGACUUAUAAAUUCAUCAUCUUUCUGUGCCCACCACUCCCUCCUGCAGUUUAAAGUCUUGCACAGAGCCCAUAUAUCUAAAUCCAGACUUUCUCAUUUUUACCUUGAGGUCAACCCCCGCUGUGAUAAAUGUAAAAGAAGUGAGGCUACCCUUAUCCACAUGUUCUGGACGUGUCCCAGUCUCAAAACAUUUUGGAGGGAGGUUUUUCAAACCUUAUCAAAAAUUCUUAAUGUAACUCUGAAGCCCAACCCUCUGGUAGCCCUCUUUGGCACGACUGGAGAUGAUGACGUACACCUGACCCCAGCCAAAAUCUUGGCCAGGCGUGCAGUAUGACUAAGAGGGACGCUACCCUGCGCAUCCACUCUCAGUGGUUGAGGGAUAUCAUGUCCUGUUUAGACCUCAGAAAGAUUUACAACUCGAUGACUGGUGACAAUACAAAAUUUGAAAGGGUAACCUUUUCUGGAUCACAUUCAAAAUCUCCCAUCAAUUUAGUAGUAUCACUCUCCUUCUUGUUGCUUAUCUCUUCUUAUACAUUGAUUUUUUGUGAAAACAUUCAUCAUUUCAUACAUUUCCUGAUUUGAAGUACUUUUUUCUGGCACCUUUCUGCUUAGUCUUUUCUUCAUCUGUAUUGUAUUUUAUCUCAGAGAUGAUCUCUUGUUUUUUUCCUUUGAUGUCAUAAUAAGCAACCUGACUUCCAGCAUUGUUUGAUGUACUGUGUGGUUCAAUCUCUUGGACUUAAUAUUUAGUAGAGUGGUCUUG